AUGAUCGCAAGCAGUAUCGCCCUCGAGUCUGGCGUGGCACUCGCAGCGACGCUCGCCGCGCUCCUCCUCGCGCUCCUCGGCCUCCGCGCGCGCGCGCGCAGGCUGCCGCUCCCACCUGGACCCAAGUCACCGUGGCUCGGCCUCGGGCGCCCCGCCAUCUCCCGCGCGGCGCCGUGGCGCACGUACACCGCGUGGAGGCAGGUCUACGGCGACUUGGUGUUCUACCGCGCGUACAGGGACCCCGUGCUCGUCGUCAACUCGGCAGAGGCGGCGGAUGAGCUACUCGACAAGCGCGGCGCGGUGUACUCGUCGCGCCCGCGCCGCACGAUGACGCGCGAGCUGAUGGGCUGGUACUGGUCCUUCUCGCGCAUGCCCUACGGCGAGCCCUGGCGGCGCCACCGCGGGCUCUUCCAGAAACACUUCCACGCGCGCGUCGUGCCGUCCUACGCCCCCAUCGCCGCGCUCAACGUCCUCACCCUCCUGCGCGGCCUCCUGCGCGCGCCGGACGCGUACGAACGGCACUUGCGGCGAAACGCGGCGGCGCUGGUGUUGAAGAUCGCGUAUGGGCACGACGUUGCCGAGGAGGGCGAGGGCGACGCGCUGGUGGGGCUCGCGGCGCGCGCGACGGCGGCGCUCGCGCACGCGGAUAUAUACGGGACGUAUUUGGUGGACUAUGUGCCCCUCCUGAAGCACGUGCCCGCGUGGGUCCCCGGGGCGGGGUUCAAGCGCAAGGCGCGCGAGUGGCGCGCGCUGUCGCGGGCGAUGCUCGAGCGGCCGUUCGAGAUGGUCCGGCGUAACAUGGAGGCGGGGACGGCGGCGCCGUGCGUGGCAGCGACGGAGCUGGAGCGCGCGGUGCGCGAGGGGCGGGAGGCGGACGUGCGGAUGAUCCAGGGCAUCACUGCGAUCUCGUACUCCGGUGCGUGCGUCCCCACUGUGGCGGCUGCGCUGACGUUCCUGCUCGCGAUGCUGCUGUACCCGGACGCGCGGCGCGCGGCGCAGGCGGAGCUGGACGGGGUGCUCGGCGCGGGGCCGGGGCGGCUGCCGACGCUGGGGGACCGCGGUGCGCUGCCGCUGGUGACGAGCGCGGUGUGGGAGGCGCAGCGGUGGAACCCGGUGGCGCCGCUCGCGUCGCCGCACGCGACGGUGCGGGAGGACGUGUAUGGGGGGUGGCGGAUCCCGCGGGGGACGACGGUGCUGCCGAAUGUUUGGGGGAUGUGCCACGACGAGGAGAUGUACCCGGACGCGUUCCGGUUCGUGGCGGACAGGUUUGUGGACGCGGACGGGAACAGGGCGCGCGGGGUGAACGGGGUCCCGCUCAUGGCAUUUGGCUUCGGCCGCCGAGUGUGUCCCGGGCGGUGGCUGGCGCUGGACAACAUCUGGCUGACGGCGGCGAGCAUCCUCGCCGUGUUCGACGUCGUGCCGGCCAACGACGCGGACGGGCGCGAGGUCCUGCCGGAGGAGGCGUUCACGACGGAGUCUGUCAGUCGGCCGAGGCCGUUCAAGUGCGCGUUCGUGCCGCGCUCCGAGGCGGCGUUGGGGUUGAUACGGCAGGAUGCAGAGUGA